AUGUUUGAAGUCAACACGCUGGCCCACUACUGGCUCGCGCAGGAGUCCCUGACCGAAAUGCUCGAGGCAAAUUAUGGUGUGGUUGUCAAUGCUGCUUCGCUGGCUGGAUAUACUGUUAGGCUUAAUAUGGUUGAUUACCCGACAACAUCGAAGGCUGUCUACGUGCGGCUAUUGCGUUCCACGGGGAACUUGCUGCUGAGCUGGUUACGCACUAUUAUGGGUUUGACUCCUGAAGAUACUUGGUUUAAUGCCCUUCUUCACCCUGAGGCUGUUGCUGAGGAGGUUGUUAAGUGA